AGAGAGAUAUAACAAGAGAGUGUGAGGAAACACAUAUCUGCAUAUAAAUUGUUGAAGUUAAUAUUUUUAUUUUUUAUUGCGUGUGGAUCAAUUGGCUAUAUUAAUAGUAAUAUCAGUAAAAUGAAAAGUGAAACCCUAUUCCAAAACUAUAUUACAACACACACAACACACACACACAUGAAAUUAUAUAUAAAUAAGUAAUAAAAAUUGCGAGAAUUUUAUUUCCUCCGCUUCUGCUCUUUCUGCUGCUGCUUUUUUCUUUUCCCUGCGACCUCUCUAAUCUCUCUUGACUACUCAUUCGCCUAAUUAUUGAACAAAGCUUCGUUCUUUCUUAAUUAAGGUGACGUAGAGGAAGUGUGCCGGGUAUUACGGAGUGGGGAAAAUGGCUGGAGUUGCAACUGAGGAGGCUGGAGCUGGACGAUCAUUUGAAGGUGUUUCAACUGGGCAACAGCAGCUGCGAUGUCAGUCUGGGGAAGCAUUAGCUGAAUGGCGGUCUUCAGAGCAGGUUGAAAAUGGGAGUCCAUCCACUUCUCCCCCUUACUGGGACAGUGACGACGACGACGAUGAUGGAGGACCCAAGCCAUCUGACUUAUAUGGAAAGUAUACAUGGAAGAUUGAUAAGUUUUCUCAAAUUAACAAAAGAGAACUUCGCAGCAAUGCAUUUGAAGUUGGAGGCUACAAAUGGUAUAUUUUGAUUUAUCCACAAGGCUGUGAUGUCUGCAAUCAUCUCUCUUUAUUUCUUUGUGUUGCAAAUCAUGACAAGCUUCUUCCAGGGUGGAGUCAUUUUGCCCAGUUCACAAUUGCUGUAGUGAAUAAAGAUCCAAAAAAAUCCAAAUAUUCUGAUACAUUGCAUCGUUUUUGGAAGAAGGAACAUGACUGGGGAUGGAAGAAAUUUAUGGAGCUAUCAAAGGUGCUAGAUGGGUUUAUUGAUGCUGAUACUUUGAUAAUUAAAGCUCAAGUUCAGGUUAUUAGGGAGAGAGCAGAUCGACCUUUUCGUUGCCUUGACUGUCAGUAUCGGAGGGAACUUGUAAGAGUGUAUUUAACGAAUGUCGAGCAGAUUUGUCGGCGUUUUGUGGAAGAACGUAGGGCAAAACUAGGAAAGCUAUUAGAGGAUAAAGCUAGAUGGUCCAGUUUCUGUGCUUUCUGGUUGGGUAUGGACCAAAGUUCCCGGCGCCGUAUGUCCCGAGAGAAGUCAGAGUCCAUUCUGAAAGUUGUUGUGAAGCAUUUUUUCAUAGAAAAGGAAGUGACAUCUACACUUGUCAUGGAUUCUUUGUAUAGUGGUUUGAAAGCUCUUGAAGGCCAGAAUAAGGGUAAGAAGAGUAGGGGCAAGUAUUUAGAGGCAGAAGAACUACCGGUUCCUAUAGUUGGCAUUGAGAAAGAUACAUUCAUUUUGGUGGAUGAUGUAUUGCUAUUGCUUGAGCGGGCUGCUAUGGAACCUUUGCCUCCAAAGGAUGAGAAAGGUCCCCAAAAUCGUACUAAGGAUGGGACUGCAGGAGAGGAGUUCAACAAAGAUUCUAUCGAACGUGAUGAGAGGAGACUUACUGAAUUGGGUCGCCGAACUAUUGAGAUAUUUGUCCUAGCCCACAUCUUCAGUAAAAUUGAAGUGGCAUACCAAGAGGCCGUUGCCUUGAAGAAGCAAGAAGAACUCAUUCGUGAAGAGGAGGCAGCUUGGCUUGCUGAAAUUGAGCAAAAAACCAGGCGAGGAGUCGAUAAAGAAAAGAAGUCUAAAAAGAAACAGGGAAAACAGAAAAAGAAUAAUCGCAAAGGAAAGGAUAAAGUAAAGGAUGAAAAAACCAGCUGCACUGUCCAUGACAAGAUCGAGCAAGAUAGUUCUACAGCUGACAGAAUAGAGAUAACUGCUGAGCCAGAAAUUGUACUUGAAAAACCCGAGGCAAUUGAAGAUGCUUCUGAUGCAUCUGAUUCUGUAGAUGGUGUUCCUGAAAUACUCCUACCAGAUUCUGACGACAGAGAUGUCAGUCCUGUCAAUUGGGAUACAGAUACUUCUGAAGUGCACCCUCCCAUAGGAGCGAGUGGCAGUGCAACUAGAGGUCUUUCUGCUGUGCAGAAUGGCACAGAAGGAAGAACAUUAUCUGCCGUAGAUGAUAGCUCUUCAACUUGUUCCUCUGACUCAGUGCUUUCUGUUAGAAGUGGGCCACAGAAAGGCAAUUCUUGUUAUGAUAAAAACCAAAAAUCUCCUAGCAGAGGGAGGAACAACCACAGCAAGAAGACUUCUGGCACAUGUGAAUGGGUUAAUGAAGAACCUAGUCAACCAUUUGAAUCUGUUCAGGAUGCAAGGCAUACAAACGACACAUCUCGAAGUCCGAUUGCAGUUGAACAUCUGUCUCAGGCUGCUGGUCGGUCUUUGCAGGAGAAGGUGAGAAAUGGGAAUGUGCAGAAAGCAGGAAAAAAGGUUGAAGAAACUGGUUCCCUGCUUAAAUUUUCAAAAACUAAAGAUGCCAUCGAUGCUGAAGCAUGUGGGGACAGUGGUGCACGUGUAACUUCCUCGCCAAAGAGCCCUUCAAAUGGAACACUGUUAGUUGGUCCAGUGAAGGUUGAUACGAAGAGCAAUGCUCCAGUUGGUCAAUCCGUGGUCAAGAAACCAUCUUCUGAUAGUCCUAAACAAUCUAGUAACUCGGUGCUUCCAGCAAAUUCAUCUGAAAAUAUUCCCACAUCGAAAGCUGUACCUCAAAAAUUUGUGACCUUAAGACCUGCUGAGAAACCCGCUGGAUAUCAAAAGCACGGUGCAAAUGAGAAGAUUCUGAUACAGGAAGGGAUUGAACCUGCCCCGCAGAAGUUUGCAGCAUCAAAACCUGCUGAGAAACCCUCUGGAUAUCAGAAACCCGUUGCAACUGAAAAGCUUCCCUCACAUGAAGUGCCAGUCACGUCUGACAAGCCCUCCAUUCCGUCUAUACCUGUUAUGUCAAGACCCUUGAGUGCCCCUCUAGUAGCUGGUCCUAGGCCUGCGGUUUCCAUGGUUUCAAUGGUGCAAACAGCACCUGUGCUGGCACGCUCAGUUAGUGCUGCUGGUCGGCUGGGCCCCGAAAGUACUGCAUAUGGAACACAGAGUUACGUUCCACAAUCCUAUCGAAAUGCAAUGAUGGGUGGUCCUGUUGCUGGAAGUUCGUCUACCUAUUCUCAGAACCAUUCUGCCAGUUCAGUGGUAAAUCCAUCACAUUCGUACUCACAAGCACAGACACAUGUAUCUGCGCCACUGUUUUCGCCACACAGCUCUGAUAGGAUGGAUACUAAUCCGACCAAGCCGAGCCUCUCGUUUGGGAUGUUGAAUCAUCAUGAUAAUAUGUUGCAGAAUGGGUCUCUGUGGAUGGAUCGCCCUCAAAGGGGGGUGGACGGUAGUAGAAAUCUACACACUGAUCAUAAUUCGCUGGCGAAUGAGCUUCAUGGUCUCGAAUUGAACGGUCCAAUGCACAGCAGAUCUCAGGAACACCUGCCAUCCGAGUAUCCGGCCUGCACGUCGGGUCGUCUAAACCAUCAUGUACUGCCGGAUGAAUUCCCACACCUCGACAUCAUCAAUGACCUGCUCGAUGACGGGCACGGAGUCGGGAUGGCGUCCAGAGUGAACUCCGACUAUCAAAUGUUCAGCAGCGCGCCACAUCACAUUAACAGGCAGUAUACCUUCCCUGGCGACCCCAACAUGUCGGGCGGAGCCGGCCCAUCAGCAAGCGCGUGCAGGUUCGACAGAACGCGAAGUUAUCACGAGGACGGAUACCAACACGGUUACGGCGCGCCCGGGAGAAGUUACGACACCCUCAGGGAUAUGGUCCCGCCAGGGAGUUCGCGGCCGUAUGCAAAUGGGCAGGUCGAUAGUUACAUGGCCAGCCAGUGGCAGAUGGCGGGUUCGGAUCCGCCGUUGUUGAGGAACAUGGACAGUGAUGGGUAUCCUUAUCAUUUACCAGAGUAUCAGAACCUCAGUGUUGGUAUCAAUGGCUAUACAGUAUUCAGACCUUCAAAUGGACUUUGAAAAGCUUGAAAUAGAACGUGAUGAUGGCCUAAAACUCAGGUUAUGCUACGAAAUAAUUUAUCCAAGGGGAGGAAAAAAGAAGUGAUGAUUUUUAGAUUUGAAGUUGAGGUUGUAACCUUUAUGGCAAAGAUUACAUCUUGUAAAGGGUUUUUUUCUGCUUUUCUUUUCUUCUUAUUUUCUGAAAUGUUGAGGUUCCUGAAUAAUGUUGGUCUCAAUUUUAGCAUUUUCUCGAA